AUGGCGAAUGAUGAUGCUCCACAGAAAGAGGCGAAGGAGGUUGUUGAGGACUUGCUUGAGUUUUACAAAGAAGACAUGGAGGAUAAGAAUUUCAGAGGGAAGCGGAGGGGUGGGUUGAGCUGUGGCAAUGGACGUGUGGUAUAUAUUUCUGCUUUGGGUGGCCCUUCCGUUGUUUAG